UGGAGUGUGAGCCGCCGCUCCGUGGCGUGUUCGGCUUCGCAGCGGGUGCGGCGGCUGGAGCGGGCCGGACGCCAGCUCGGCUUCUAUGGCCGGAGGUCCGGCUGCGCUCCGGGAGUCGACCGCCUCGGGGGCAGGCUGGGCUACGGCAGGGCUGGAGUGAAGGGGCCGUCGCCUGCUGUCGCCGCCUCUCUGCCCACCCCAGGCCAGGAUCCGCCGUUGAGUCCUCGCUUUGAAGAUGCUGGAGUCGUACGUAACUCCGAUUUUAAUGAGCUAUGUGAAUCGCUAUAUCAAGAACUUGAAGCCCUCGGAUCUCCAGCUUUCACUAUGGGGUGGGGACGUGGUUCUCAGCAAACUCGAGUUGAAGUUAGAUGUUCUGGAACAGGAACUGAAAUUACCAUUCACUUUUUUAAGUGGCCAUAUUCAUGAACUGAGGAUUCAUGUACCGUGGACAAAACUGGGCUCCGAACCUGUGGUAAUUACCAUCAAUACAAUGGAAUGCAUCUUGAAACUUAAAGAUGGAAUCCAGGAUGACCACGAAAGCUGUGGUUCUAACUCUACCAACCGAAGCACUGCUGAGAACACAAAAUCUUCUAUAAAACCUCGAAGAGUCCAGCAGGCUGCUCCUACAGACCCGGAUUUGCCACCAGGAUACGUGCAGAGUUUGAUUAGACGAGUUGUAAAUAAUGUAAACAUUGUUAUAAAUAAUCUCAUACUAAAAUACGUUGAAGAUGACAUUGUCCUUUCUGUCAACAUCACUUCUGCUGAAUGCUAUACUGUGGGUGAACUAUGGGAUCGGGCAUUCAUGGAUAUUUCUGCAACUGAUCUGGUGCUGAGGAAGGUUAUCAAUUUUUCUGACUGUACAGUUUGUCUUGAUAAAAGAAACGCGAGUGGUAAAAUCGAAUUUUACCAGGAUCCUUUAUUAUACAAAUGUUCUUUCAGAACUCGCCUUCAUUUUACAUAUGAUAACUUAAAUUCCAAGAUGCCAUCUAUUAUUAAAAUUCAUACUUUAGUAGAGAGUUUGAAACUUUCUAUCACAGAUCAACAGUUGCCUAUGUUUAUCCGUAUAAUGCAGCUUGGGAUUGCUCUUUACUAUGGAGAAAUAGGCAGUUUUAAAGAUGGUGAAGCCGAGGACCCUACCUGUCACAGUAAAGAUGCAUUAGGAAACAUUACAGGUACUGAAGAUGAGACAAGAAUAGACAUGCAGUGUUCUGCUCAGUACAAAGGCCAAGAGUUACUGUCGCAGGACUAUGAGGAGCCUCAGGGAUGGGUGUCCUGGGCCUGGUCAUUUGUUCCUGCGAUUGUGAGUUACGAUGACGGGGAGGAAGACUCCCUUGGGAGUGACCCCGUAUCAACCAUGCUCCAACAGACAGUGCAGACUCUGAAGGACCCCAUUGUUUCUGUAGGAUUUUAUUGCACAAAGGCAACUGUGACUUUUAAACUCACUGAAAUGCAAGCUGAGAGUAGCUAUUAUAGCCCACAGAAGGUCAGAUCUAAGGAAGUGUUGUGUUGGGAACAAGAAGGAACUACAGUUGAGGCACUUAUGAUGGGAGAGCCUUUCUUUGAUUGUCAGAUUGGAUUUGUAGGAUGCAGAGCCAUGUGUCUUAAAGGAAUUAUGGGUGUUCGAGAUUUUGAGGAGCAUAUGAAUAGAACUGAAACUGAAUCCUGCUUCUUCAUUUGUGGUGAAAAUUUGAGUACAAAAGGUUUGACAUACCUUACAAAUUCGUUGUUUGAUUACCGAAGCCCAGAGAACAAUGGUACCCGUGCGGAGUUCAUCUUGGAUGCAGCUCACCAUAAGGAGACACAUACUGAAGUAGCAGGCAUGCAGAGGUUUGGUGCUUUCUACAUGGAUUACCUAUACACCGUGGAGCACAGCAGUGGCAAAGGUCCAGCAAAUCAGCAAGACUUUCCUUCUGGGAAAAAUGAGGAUUUGGGAAUAGUCCAAGAAAAGUCUACCAAAAGCCUCGUUAUAGGUCCUCUGGAUUUCCGCUUGGACAGUAGUGCGGUACAUCGUAUUUUGAAGAUGGUUGUCUGUGCUUUGGAACAUGAGUAUGAACCAUACAGCAGGCUAAAACCAGAAAGUAAGGAUGAAAAGGAGGCAGUAGUGACUCCCGAGGACGUGGCUGCUUUGGAGGAAUACAUUCCUACGCGGCAUACGAGUGUUACUCUGCUCAAGUGCACUUGCACGAUUUUCAUGGCAGAAUUCAAUUUGCUAGACCGUUUGCUUCCUGUCAUCAUGGGAGGAAAGAACUCAAGUAACUUCAUGAAUGCCACAAACUUCCAGUCACUUCGACCUUUGCCAUCCAUUCAGAUAUUAGUGGAUAAAAUUAAUUUGGAACAUUCUGUUCCUAUGUAUGCUGAACAGCUGGUGCGUGUAGUCAGCAGCCUUACUCAGCCUUCUGAUAAUCUUCUGCAUUAUUGCUAUGUCCACUGCUACCUUAAGGUGUUCGGUUUCCAGGCAGGACUGACAUCUUUGAAUCACAGUGGAUCUUACUGCUUACCUGUACCAAUUAUUCCCUCUUUCAGCACUGCCCUUUAUGGGAAACUUCUGAAGCUCCCCACUCUCUGGACCAAAAGAUCUCAGACUGUUGUAACUGAAGGUAUUUUUGAACUCCCACAUCUCACAAUUCAAGCAACAAGAGCACAGACACUUCUGCUGCAAGCGAUAUAUCAGAGUUGGUCUCAUGCUGGAAACAGCAGCUCUUCAACAGUGAAUGAAGCUUUGAUGACUGAAGUCUUCCAGACUACAGGUGUGAAAUCUAAGAAUCCCCUGCCAACUCUUGAGGGCUCAAUCCAGAAUGUUGAACUGAAGUACUGCAGCACAUCAUUGGUCAGAUGUGCCUCUGGGACCAUGGGAUCAAUAAAAAUUUGUGCCAAAGCCCCAGGUGACAGUGGAAAGGAAAAGUUGGUUCCUUUGCUUCAGGGUCCUUCUGACACUAGAGACCUUCAUAGUACCAAGUGGCUUAAUGAGAGCAGAAAGCCCGAGUCCCUCUUAGCUCCAGACCUGGUAGCCUUUACCAUCCAGGUUCCCCAGGACAUGGACGACUGCCACCAUUCUGGUGCUGUAUUUCUUUGUAGUGUACAAGGACUAGCAGUUAACAUUGACCCAAUAUUGUAUACAUGGGUCAUCUAUCAACCACAAAAACGAACAAGUAGACAUAUGCAACAGCCUGUGGUAGCAGUUCCUCUUGUCCCUUCAGUAAACAGGAGGAAAGAAGAGGAGCUCUCUGUUGGAAGUGCCCCAUUGGCAAAGCAGCAGUCAUACCAAGCCUCAGAAUAUGCCAGCAGCCCUAUAAAAACAAAAACCGUCACAGAGUCCCGACCACUAUCAGUUCCUGUGAAGGCCAUGCUGCACAUUCAUGAAGGUUGUAGAAGUCCUGAAGAAAGAAUGAAAGAAUUUAUUGGAAUAUUAUGGAAUGCAGUGAAGAGCCUCACAUUACAGCUUGAUGUCCAGUCUUGCUGUGUGUUCAUUCCAAAUGAUAGCCUGCCUUCUCCGAGUACAAUUGUAUCUGGUGACAUCCCUGGGACAGUAAGAAGUUGGUACCAUGGACAAACCAGCACACCAGGAACACUUGUCCUUUGUUUGCCACAAAUAAAGAUUAUCAGUGCUGGUCACAAGUGCAUGGAGCCUCUGCAGGAGAUUCCCUUUGUCAUCCCACGUCCCAUCCUUGAAGAGGGUGAUGCAUUUCCUUGGACUAUAAGCUUGCAUCAUUUCAGCAUAUAUACCCUUCUUGGAAAGCAAGUGACACUUUCCUUAGUGGAGCCCAUGGGAUGUACCUCUACUCUAGCGGUCACAUCGCAAAAGCUCUUUCCUCCGGGACCAGAUGGGAGGCAUUCUUUUGUUGUUUGUCUCCAUGUUGACUUGGAGUCAUUAGAGAUAAAGUGCUCUAAUCCCCAGGUCCAGCUCUUUUCUGAAUUGGCUGAUACAAUGAGUAAAGUCUGGAGCAGGAUCCAGAAGAGAGGCCAUCUUAGUUCAUCUUCAGUCUGUCCAGAGAGCACAGCAGGCCCCGGCCCUGGCUCUCCAGUGCGGAGCAGUGUUGGUACAGUUCCACCAGACACCAGCACAUGCAGCCCGUCUGCUGACAUAGUGACUACCACUGAGGGAGAUUCUAUUCAAGCAGGUGAUGAUUCACCGUUCUCAGAUUCUGUUACCCUGGAACAAACUACCAGUAACAUUGGUGGGUCCAGUGGCCGUGUUAGUCUGUGGAUGCAGUGGAUGCUCCCCAAGGUCACUGUAAAGCUCUUUGCUCCAGACUGUGAAAACAAAGGCACAGAGGUUUGUAUGGUCAGUGAACUAGAAGACCUCAGUGCAUCCAUAGAUGUACAAGAUGUGUACACCAAAGUGAAAUGUAAGAUAGAGAGUUUCAAUAUUGACCACUAUCAAAGCAGCCAUGGGGAAGAGUGUUGGUCUUUGGGGCAAUGUGGAGGUGUCUUCCUUUCCUGUACUGACAAGCUGAACAGACGCACCUUGUUGGUUCGACCCAUCAGCAAGCAGGACCGUUUCCGUAAUUGUCCUGCCUUCUUUCCUUCUACAACUACAAAACUUCUAGAUGGUGCUCAUCAGCAACAUGGAUUUCUUUCUCUGACAUACACAAAAGCUGUAACAAAAAAUGUCCGUCACAAGUUAACCUCGAGAAAUGAGCGAAGAAGUUUUCAUAAAUUGUCUGAAGGUUUAAUGGAUGGCUCACCUCAUUUUCUUCAUGAAAUUCUUCUUUCUGCACAAGCAUUUGAUGUUGUGCUUUGCUUUCCUUUACUUCAUGCUAUUUCAAGCAUAUUUCAAACGAAACUACCAAGGACCCAAAAAGAGAAAAGGAAAUCUUCUGGUCAGCCCAUGAGGACCCAUACGCUGACUGCCCGCAAUUUACCUUUGAUUUAUAUCAAUACAAGUGUCAUCAGAAUUUUUGUUCCGCAAACUGAAGAAACACAGUCAACUGUCGAAGUGAAUCAGGCAGCAAAGGAAGACACAAUGGUUUUGAAGGUUGGUUCUGUUGCCAUGGCUCCCCAGGCUGAUAAUCCGCUCGGCAGAUCUGUUCUCAGGAAAGAUAUUUACCAGAGAGCCUUGAACUUAGGAAUUCUUCGAGAUCCUGGAUCAGAAAUUGAAGAUAGACAGUACCAAAUAGACCUGCAGUCCAUCAAUAUUGGUACUGCCCAGUGGGAUCAACUCAAACCAGAGAGAGGGAGUGGCGCAGGAGGAGUGCUAACAGAGAGUGAAAGGAAUUCUCAGAAUCCAGCCCUGGAGUGGAAUAUGGCCAGCAGCAUUCGGCGACAUCAAGAAAGGAGAGCAAUUUUAACCCCUAUCUUGACAGAUUUUUCUGUCCGAAUAACUGGAGCACCUGCCAUCACUUUCACUAAAAUAAUCUCCCCAGAAAAUCUGCAGACAGAGGAGAUUUUAGUGUGUGGCCAUUCCUUGGAAGUGAACAUAACCACAAACCUGGACUUCUUCCUAAGUGUGGCUCAAGUUCAGCUCUUACAUCAGUUAAUAGUAGCAAAUAUGACUGGAUUGGAGCCAUCAAACAAGGCCACAGAGAUCUGUAAACAAGAACAGAAGAAAAUGGAUACAUUUGAUGGAGGCAUAGCUGAAACUUCUUCCCGAUACAGUGGUGCUCAGGACAGUGGAAUUGGCAGCGACAGUGUUAAAAUCCGAAUUGUACAAAUAGAGCAGUACAGUGGUGCCAGUCAGCACCGAAUUGCCCGCCCCUCACACCAGUCAUCAAUUGUGAAAAAUCUCAAUUUCAUUCCCUUCGACAUAUUUAUUACUGCAAGUAGGAUCUCACUAAUGACCUAUUCCUCGGUGGCCUUACCCAAGUUCAAAUCACCAGAACAGAAGGAAGAUGGGAAAACAGGCAAGAAUUCCUUAAACCUGCCAGAAGUUGAUUCUGAUGUAGCUCAGCCUAACCAGGCAUGCAUUUCCAUGGUGACUGCUGAAGAUCUCUUAAGCAGUAGCAAUUCUUUUUCUUCAGGGAAAAAAAUAAGGGUUCUCUCUCUUGAAAGCCUCCAUGCGUCCACACGGUCAUCUGCUAGACAAGCACUUGGCGGCACUGUUGUCCGGCAGCCUGGCCGAAGAGGGACCGGUGACUUCGAGCUCCAUCCAUUCCUCUACUUAAUUGUAUCCCAGCCUUCCUUGCUUCUGAGUUGUCAUCACAGGAAACAGAGAGUGGAAAUAUCCAUCUUUGAUGCUAUGCUUAAGGGGGUAGCCUCUGACUACAAAUGUACAGAUCCUGGGAAGACCCUGCCAGAAGCCCUUGACUAUAACACUGUGUGGCUGCAGACGGUGCCUGGAGAAACAGACAGUAAAAGUGGGAUUCCACCUUCCCUUGUUACACUACAAAUUAAAGACUUUCUUAAUGGACCAGCUGACAUCAACUUGGAUGUAUCAAAGCCUUUGAAAGCAAACUUGAGUUUCACCAAACUGGAUCAGAUACAUCAUUUUUUAAAGAAGAUUAAAAAGGCACACAGUUUUGCACAUAGCAAAGAGACCUCAGCCCCACCAGACCCUGUACUGAAUAAGGAUGAGCCUCCCACCUCCAAAUGUUACCGCGGAAAGCUGUCUAAGCCCAAAGUUCACUGUGAUGGAGCACAGAAGACUUCUUUUCAGGAAAACAUGUGGAGAGCCAUUUCCUGCUUUCAGAAAGUUUCUGUCCAUACUACCCAGAUUGUGGUCUCCAUGGAAACUGUCCCACAUCCUCAUACACCAUGUGUGUUGGCAUCACUGUCGAACCUCAAUGGAAGCCUUAGUGUCAAAGCAACACAAAGAGCACCUGGCCCAAGUCUUGGAUCAUCAGUCCUCCUCAACAUAAGUGAUUUUCUCCUUAAAACAAGCCUCAAAGAAAGAAGUCGAAUUCUGAUAGGACCAUUCUCUGCUACUGUGAAUCUGGAAGCUAAAUGGUGUAAACACAGCGGCAAUCCAGGCCCGCAACAGUCCAUACCAAAAGUAGCCUUGGAUUUAAGAGGUGGCCUGCUGCAGGUCUUCUGGGGUCAAGAACAUUUGAAUUGCCUGGCCCUUCUGCAUGAAUUAUGCAGUGGGUAUCUUAAGGAGGAGGGAAAGUUUGAAGUGCCGGUUCCCGAAUCAGUACCCCAAAUGCCAUCUCCAGUGGAUAAGACACAAGCUUUUAAAAGUGAACAAAGUUCAGAUGACCUGCGGACAGGCAUCUUUCAGUACAUACAGGAUGCUGAACCUUUGAAACUCCCUGGUAUCUAUGAAGUCUUGUUUUAUAGUGAAACAGAAGAGAGCCCAGGGAUGAUGUUAUGGAGGUAUCCAGAACCUCGAGUACUCACCCUUGUGCGAAUAACUCCCGUGCCUUUCAACACCACAGAGGACCCAGAUAUCAGCACAGCAGACCUGGGUGAUGUGCUGCAGGUCCCUUGUAGUUUGGAAUAUUGGGAUGAACUCCAGAAAGUUUUUGUUGCAUUUCAAGAAUUCAGCCUGUCUGAAAGCAAAGUUUGUGAAUUGCAGUUGCCAGAUAUCAAUCUUGUGAGUGACCAGAAGAAACUGGUGUCCUCAGAUCUGUGGAGAAUUGUCCUGAACAACAAUCAGAAUUCAACAGAUGACCAAAGCUCUGCAAGUGAAUCUGGUUCUCAAAGCACCUGCGAGCCCCUUGUGACACCAACAGCCCUGGCGGCUUGUGCCAGAGUCGACUCCUGCUUUAGCCCGUGGUUUGUCCCGGCGCUCUGCAUGGCCUUCCAGUUUGCACACCUGGAGCUCCGUCUGUGUCAUCACUUGGACCAGCUAGGCACAGCCUCACCACAGCACCUGCAGCCGUUCAUUCCUGAUAAAAAUGUACCAUCUGAACUGGAGUACAUGGUUAUUUCCUUCAAAGAACCAAACCUGUAUCUUCGACAGUGGAACGGUGACUCUGUCUGCCAGGAGAUCCGGUUCUCAUCUCAAGUAGACUGUAAACUGCUGGAGUGCAGAAACGUCACCAUGCAAAGUGUGGUGACACCCUUCAGCAUCUCUGGGCAGAUGGCGGUCUCCAGUGACGGGGUGCAGAAGCUGCUUGACGGCACCAUGAUCAUGGACUCUGUGCUGGUAAACUUCGGGCAGCAUGUUGUUCACUCCCUGCACACUGCAGUGCAAGCUUGGCAGCAGAACAAAUGCCCUGAGGUAGAGGAGUUGGUCUUCAGCCACUUUGUGAUCUGUAAUGACACACAGGAGACACUGCGGUUUGGCCAGGUGGACACUGAUGAGAAUAUUCUGCUGGCCAGUCUCCAUAGUCACCAGUACAGCUGGCGUUCUCACAAAUCCCCACAGCUGUUACACAUCUGUAUUGAAGGCUGGGGCAACUGGCGUUGGUCAGAGCCCUUUAGUGUGGAUCAUGCCGGAACAUUUAUUAGAACGAUUCAGUACAAGGGUCGAACCGCUUCGCUCAUCAUCAAGGUUCAUCCCCUCAGUGGGGUGCAGAAACAGAUUAUCAUCUGUGGAAGACAGAUCAUCUGUAGUUAUUUGUCUCAGAGCAUAGAGCUGAAAGUUGUUCAGCAUUACAUUGGUCAAGAUGGACAAGCUGUAGUCCGAGAACACUUUGAUUGCCUCACAGCCAAACAGAAAUUGCCUUCAUACAUAUUAGAAAAUGGUGAACUGACGGAGUUGUGUGUGAAGGCCAAAGGAGAUGAAGACUGGUCAAGAGAUGUGUGCCUGGAACCCAAGGCCUCUGAGUAUAGCACUGUCAUCCAGGUGCCUGCUUCAAACAGUUCCAUUAUUUAUGUAUGGUGCACAGUUUUGACUUUGGAACCCAACUCUCAAGUUCAACAGCGAAUGAUCGUGUUCAGCCCUCUUUUUAUCAUGAGGAGUCAUCUUCCAGACCCCAUUAUCAUACAUUUGGAGAAAAGAAGCCUGGGUCUGAGUGAAACCCAGAUUAUUCCAGGCAAAGGGCAGGAGAACGCACUGCAGAACGUAGAGCCCGACCUUGCACACCACCUGACAUUUCAAGCACGAGAAGAAUAUGAUCCUUCAGAUUGUGCUGUUCCCAUAUCAACAGCCCUCAUUAAGCAAAUAACCACUAAGAUACAACCUGGAAGCACAGUUAAUCAGAUGCUUGAUGACUUCUAUGGGCCAGAAAAGUCCCAUGAACCCAUUUGGCCUUACAAUAAGAAGGAUUCUGACAGGAAUGAACAGCUGAGUCAGUGGGAUAGCCCAAUGCGAGUGAAGCUGUCAGUCUGGAAGCCAUAUGUGAGAACCCUGUUGAUAGAACUGCUGCCCUGGGCCCUGCUUAUCAAUCAGUCCAAGUGGGACCUCUGGCUAUUUGAAGGAGAGAAGAUUGUUCUACAGGUCCCUGCUGGCAAAAUUAUCAUUCCUCCUAAUUUUCAGGAAGCUUUUCAAAUAGGAAUUUACUGGGCAAAUACAAACACUGUGCACAAGUCAGUGGCGAUUAAACUGGUCCAUAACCUGACCUCUCCGAAGUGGAAAGAUGGCGGCAACGGUGAAGUAGUGACUCUGGAUGAGGAAGCGUUUGUUGAUGCUGAGAUCAGACUCGGUGCUUUCCCAGGACAUCAGAAGCUGUGUCAAUUCUGCAUCUCCUCCAUGGUGCAGCAUGGCAUACAGAUUAUCCAGAUUGAAGAUAAGACUACAGUAAUCAAUAAUACACCGUACCAGAUAUUUUAUAAGCCACAGUUGUCUGUCUCCAACCCCUGUUCUGGAAAGGAGUAUUUUCAUGUUCCAGACUGUGCUACCUUCAGCGUUUGUCCAGGUGGAGAACAUCCUGCUAUGAAAUCCAGCUCCCUGCCUUGCUGGGACUUCAUGCCUGAUGUGGGGCCAUCAGUGGACACAGCCGUGCUUCAGAAACAGAUACUGCUGGGCUUUUCUCCUGCACCAGGUGCCGACAGCUCUCCGUGCUGGAGCCUGCCGGCUGUCAUUAGACGAGAGUUUCCUAGACAGAGUGUAGCAGUGCCCUUCGGAGCCCUACAGAACGGGUUCUGCACCAGGGCAAUAGCACUGACCUAUCAAGAACACUUUGGAAUCACUUAUUUAACCCUCUCAGAAGACCCAAGUCCUCGAGUAAUUUUCCACAACAGAUGUCCAGUAACGAUUCUCAUAAAGGAGAAUAUAAGAGAUAUUCCAAAGUUUGAGGUUUAUUGCAAAAAAAUUCCUCCUGAGAGUUCAGUCCAUCAUGAGCUGUAUCACCAGAUUAUCAGUUACCCAGACUGCAAGACCAAAGAGUUGCUUCCCAGCCUCCUUUUGAGAACGGAAGUGAUGGAAGAAGUGACAGCAGAGUGGAGUGAUGCUGUUGACAUUAACAGUCAAGGAACACAGGUUGUGUUCCUCACUGGCUUCGGAUAUGUGUACGUGGACAUUGCCCAUCAGUGCGGCACAGUCUUUAUCACGGUAGCCCCAGAAGGAAAAGCAGGACCUGUUUUAGCCAGCACCAACAGAGCGCUGCAGAAGACUACUACUUUUAAAAUGUUCAUCACCCGCUUGAGCCUGGCAGUAUCUGACGAUCUCACACACCACGAGGCGUCAACUGAACUUCUAAGGCUCACUCUGGACAACAUUUUUCUCCAUGUAUGUCCUGUGCCUGGUGUCCUCCCAGGGGAAGAGCCCCCCUCCACCCUCCUCCAGCUUUUCAGUGUGGAAGUCUACUUCGGGGACCUGCAGCUGGACAACCAGCUUUACAACAAGUCCAAUUUCCACUUCGCUGUCUUGGUCUGCCAGGGAGAGAAAACUACACCAGCCCAGUACGCCAGAGUGCAGAGUCUCCUGCUCUCCACCAAAGACUUGGAGGGGUACAAGGAGAACUGCUUCAUCAAACUCCACCUCACUGGAUCUGAGGGGACAGACUUCCUCUUUGAUGUCAGCGAGUUCUCUUUUGAACUGAAACCAGCAAGGCUCUAUGUGGAGGACACCUUUGUAUACUACAUCAAAACUUUGUUCGAUACCUACCUUCCUCACAGCAGGGUGGCUGGUCGCCAUGCACAGCUCUCUGCAGGGAGGCAGGUGCUGCCCCUGCAGGUGAGACAGCAUGCCAGGGCCUUGGUGAACCCCGUGAAGUUGCGGAAGCUCGUCAUCCAGCCAGUGAGCCUGCUUGUCAGCAUCCAUGCUUCUCUCAAGCUGUACAUAGCCUCCGACCACACCCCUCUGUCCUUCUCUGUGUUUGAAAGAGGACCAGUGUUCACUACGGCGAGGCAGCUGGUGCACGCACUGGCCAUGCACUAUGCUGCUGGGGCUCUUUUCAGAGCAGGCUGGGUGGUGGGGUCUCUAGAAAUUCUCGGCAGCCCCGCCAGCUUAGUGAGAAGCAUUGGAAAUGGGAUCUCGGACUUCUUCAGGCUUCCAUACGAAGGGUUGACACGAGGCCCAGGGGCCUUCGUGAGUGGAGUCUCCAGAGGGACCACAUCCUUUGUCAAGCACAUUUCCAAAGGUACCUUGACGUCCAUCACCAACUUGGCCACCAGUCUGGCCCGGAAUAUGGACCGGCUUUCGCUGGAUGAAGAGCACUACAGUCGGCAGGAGGAGUGGCGGCGGCAGCUGCCUGAGAGCCUGGGCGAGGGGCUGCGGCAGGGCCUGUCCAGGCUGGGCAUCAGCCUGCUCGGUGCUAUUGCUGGUAUAGUUGAUCAGCCAAUGCAGAACUUCCAGAAAACAUCCGAGACCCAGGCUUCCGCAGGACAUAAGGCCAAGGGUGUCAUCUCAGGUGUGGGGAAAGGAAUCAUGGGGGUAUUCACCAAACCCAUCGGGGGAGCUGCAGAGCUUGUGUCGCAGGCUGGCUAUGGUAUUUUACAUGGAGCUGGACUUUCUCAGCUUCCCAAACAACGGUACCAACCAAGAGAUCUACAUGCUGACCAAGCUCCAAACAGCCACGUCAAAUAUGUCUGGAAAAUGCUUCAGUCUCUGGGUAGACCAGAAGUCCACAUGACCCUGGAUGUAGUCCUGGUGAGGGGCUCAGGCCAGGAGCAUGAAGGGUGCUUGCUCUUGACAUCUGAAGUGCUCUUUGUUGUAAGCAUCAGCGAGGACACACAGCAACAGGCCUUCCCCAUCACAGAGAUCGACUGUGCACAGGACACCAAGCAAAACAACCUGCUCACUGUGCAGCUCAAGCAACCAAGAGUAGCCUGUGAUGUGGAGGUGGAUGGCGCCCGGGAGAGACUGUCGGAGCAACAGUUUAACAGGCUUGUGGACUACAUUGCAGAAACGUCCUGCCACCUGGCUCCAGGCUGCUCUUCCACGCAAACAGCAUGUUCUGUGGUAGCUGUGGAGCCUCCCCCUGCCACUGUUAGGACCUACCAUUAUUUAGCUGACCCCCAUUUUGCUCAGGUGUUCAUUAGUAAAUUUACCAUGGUAAAGAAUAAAGCCCUAAGGAAAGGCUUCCCCUGAGUCCCUUAGGGAGGAGGAGUUUGAUUUUUUGCUGAGCAACACAGAGUUCCAACACUCAACAUGGACAGAAGGCCAACAUGUCUGUAGUAACAGGCAUACUAAUUUUGUAGGGAUUUACAUCUUACCUUCUUCCCAAACAAAAAAAGAUACUCCUCCAAGUGGGGAAAAAAAAAUUCCAAGUGGGAGAGGAACAAAUGAUCAAAGAAUCCUAUGUAUGUUGUAUUCU